UGUGCCGGCGUCAGGCUGCGGCGGCGGACGUGCCGUGAUCAGCUGGCCGGCCGGCAUGUGCUGAGCGUGCCCGUCGCGCGGCCGGACAUGCACACCACGCCCGUGCUGCUGCUGGCGAUGAGCGUGCUGGCGCGGCCCGGCGGCGCCGAGUGCCCUGACUGCGGCCGCGCGCCCCACACGCGCCUGGAGCGCAGCCGGCUCGACCAGCUGCGGCUCGACAUCAUCCAGAGGGACAUUUUAUACAAGCUCGGUCUGCACGACCGGCCGCCCAACAUUACCGAGAGCGUGCCGCGCGAGGUGCUGUUCAGCACGCUGGAGCGGGCGCGCACCACCCAGCCGCCCAGCGGCCAGCAGCAGUCUGCCGACGACUUUGAGGACGGCAAGGCGAGGACGUCAGAGAUUAUCGCCAUGGCUCGGCCAGGUCCGAAAUACAACCGGAGUCGACUGAUGGAGUUUUACCGCGGCAACGAGACGCAGCUGGAGGAGCUGCGCGUGCGCUCCUCCUACCUGUGGGUGGAGAUGACACUACGCGACGACAUCCGGCGCGGCCUGCGGCAUAUGCGCCGCCGGCGCCGGCAGCGCAGCCGCGUCACCAUCUACGUGUUCCGCGUGCUCGAGAAGGGCGAGCGCAGCGCAGCGGCAAAGCACGGUCGGCCACAGCUGGUAGCGAAGCGCCGCGUGCGCCUAGAGAAGGUCGGCUGGCACCGGUUCAACCUCAAGUCGGCCGCGCAAGACUGGUUCGACCUGAGUCCGGACCGGCCGCUGCGACUGUUAGUGGACUGCGUCGGAUGUAAAUCAUAUGUAAAAAGCAAGUUCUUUCAGCAGGGCAGUGACUCGUCUAGUGUUCCUUUCAUUAAGAUCCGGACGCAGCCGGUGCCGGCGCGGCGCGUGCGGCGCGCGGCGCUCGACUGCGGCGAGAGCGUCACCCACUGUUGCCGGCAGCGGCUCUACGUCAGCUUCCGCGAGCUGCGCUGGGACGACUGGGUUCUCUUCCCCAGCGGCUACUACGCCAACUACUGUCUGGGCAACUGCCAAAGUCGCACGCCCGACACAUUCCGAAACUUCCACACCCACGUCAUCGAGGGCUACCGACAGCGAGCCGGCGAGCUGCAGGACUUCAACCCGUGCUGCGCGCCCACCAAGCUCUCCCCCAUGUCGCUCCUCUACUUCGACGCCGACAAGAACAUCAUCAAGCGCGACCUGCCCAAGAUGGUGGUCGAGGAGUGCGGCUGCAUGUGAGCGAGCCACAGCAGCCCCUGUGAUAUUACACGCUAUAUCAAAUACACUGCCGGCGCCGGCCGCCGGCCCCGGCGCCGCCGCGCGCCCCGGGCACCCCCGGUGCGCCGCCCGCCCCCAGGCCGGUUUAACCGCUGCCACGGGACUCAAUCUAGUCUGGACUUUUGUAAAUAGUCGACGUGUUGGAGCGUGUAUUAACUCGAUUCGGUGCCCUUUGAGGAUGGCUUGUGUCCACUAAGCACACUUCUUUCCAACCAGUUGGGUUCGCCGGCCGGCCGGCCAGCGUCGGCCGCUGUUGUCUUUCAGUGCAAUCGGCCAGAGGUGCGCCCGCGGUGGCGGCCCGCCGCGCCCCCGUGGGCUGUGGCUCGAUGGCGAUGUCAUGUGCGCGGUGUGCUGUUGGCCUUUGUUCGCGCGGCGCGCGUCGCGAGCCGCCGCGUCGGCGUGCGGGGCCGUCUUCAGGUGUGUCCAUAAGGGGGCCGCGGUCCGCCGUCGGCCGCCGGCCGCGCCGCGGCUGUGACCGAACUAUGCGCGACCGCGCGCGCAGCGGCGCCGCUUCGUGUCCCGUACCCGCUUGGUGAUUGUACAGUGUUGUUGAGCCGCCGCGCCCGGUCGACUGGUCCCCGGGAAUGAAUUUUCCGUCACAUGUGUCGGCAGGCCGUCAGACAGCGUCCGGCCAGUGACGUGGCGCAAUGUUUGGGACAAAAAUGGCACGAAAUUCAUUUAUUGCGGAUGUUGGCUGACAUAUUGCGAAAAGGCAACUAUAUGUCAACGCACUCAGGAACAUUAGAAUCUCGGCCGCCACAAUUGUAGUGGUGGUUCAAGGAGGUGGCUACUGGCUUGGUUCUUUUCAAAGGGUGCGCAGCGCCCUGCUCAAACUGUCUCGGAGCAACAUCCACAUUCCAUGUUUUAACAUUCCAUUUUCUGAACUUCGCUGGACGGAAGAGAUAGCUUUAGUAAUGGUUUUAUAACGGUGAGUGCGAAUGUAGGAUGAGUGAUCGGCCGGAUUGUUCAGCACAACUGCUUAAAAGCUAAUCGGAUACAUCUCAAUAUUAGAAUCUCAUUUUGUUCCCCGUAGAACUUCUCACACAGUAGCUACUCAUGGCCGGCAGUCAGCGUACCCGCGAUAUUACGACCCUGAGAAUCGUGUGCUAUAAUUUGGACACUGGACGACACUCCGUCUACAUACCGCCGAAGGCAAGCGACCCACAGAAUGUAGCUGAUAUUUAUUUGUAGCCUGUAUUUUGUGCGCGGCCGCCGUUGCUCGUCGGCGGCCCCGGAGCUGGCGCCGCCCGCCCGUCCGUCUCUCUCCGUCUGUCUGUCUGUCUGUUUGUCUGUCUGUCUGUCGGCGUGUCUGUGGGUGGCUGUGUGUGAGCGGCCCGUCACCGCGCCACGCCGGCCUGCACGCGCCGGGCAUUGCGCUGCCAGUGGCCGGCCAGCCAGGAAACUCCAGGGUCCCUGAGCCAGUAGGGUGUGAGGUUAAAUAUGUGCCAAGUUUGAUCAAUAAAACAGCAUCAAGUC